AUGGGCGGUGUUUAUGGUGGAGCUGCUCUCCUCAGCAGAUGUCCAGCCUUAGCCUGUGGAGUAGAGGCUUCGGCAGUCACCUGGGAGAGGUCAUCUGUUGACGACGAGCCUCUUGCCCUCUUCCUUGGACUGCCAACAGCAGGUGGGAGAAGACUACGAGGAAAAGCCUUCUACAAUGUCAAUGGCAAGGUGUACUGUGAAGAAGACUUCCUAUAUUCAGGUUUUCAGCAAACAGCGGACAAGUGCUUUGUUUGUGGACACCUCAUAAUGGAAAUGAUCUUACAGGCCCUUGGGAAGUCCUACCACCCCGGCUGCUUCCGCUGCGUGGUGUGCAACGAGUGUUUGGACGGAGUCCCCUUCACCGUGGAUGUGGAGAACAACAUCUACUGUGUCAAAGACUACCAUACGGUUUUUGCACCAAAAUGCGCUUCCUGUAACCAGCCGAUCCUCCCAGCACAGGGCUCUGAGGAGACCAUUCGGGUGGUGUCAAUGGACAAGGACUACCACGUGGAGUGCUAUCACUGUGAGGACUGCGGCCUGCAGCUGAAUGACGAGGAGGGGCAUCGCUGCUACCCCCUGGAGGGACACUUGCUCUGCCACGGCUGUCACAUCCGGCGCCUCAGCGUCAAACUGCCACCACACCCGCCCCCCAGCUACCCCAUGCACGUCACCGAGCUCUGAGGGACAGUGCCAUGCCAGGAAGCCCUCUGAAAGAGAAGGCAAAACUGUAAAAUUACUUUCCUCUUCCUUUAAAGAUGAGAUUCCAGUAAUAACCAUCUAAACCAGCUAUUUAUUUUUUAAAUCAGAGGUGAGGGGUCCUUUUCUGAUCUUGUACAUAUGCAUUCUUUUAUCUAGACUUUUUCACUGAAACACCGUCUACUUGAACACAUAA